AUGUCGUCUCAGUCCCAAGCCAAAGGCAAACAAAAGGAGAAGCCUAUAGCUUCGUUAUUGGCAGGAGCCAUCGCAGGAGGUACAGAGGCGUUCGUGACCUUCCCUUUGGAGAGUUUGAAAACUCAGUUACAGUUUGGUGCGUUGGAAGGUGGUAAGCAACUCACGCCAUAUCAAGCCCUAAGAGGUACGAUACAACAGCGAGGAAUCGCCGGACUAUACGCAGGUGUCACCCCUGUGAUCAUUGGAAAUGCCGUAAAGGCAGGUGUGAGAUUCACGACUUAUGAUCAGUUCAAGAGUCUGCUCAAGGAUGAUGAGGGAAAAUUAACAGCACCAAGAUCGAUGUUAGCUGGUUUAGGAGCAGGUAUGUCAGAAGCUAUCAUAGCUGUGACACCAUCAGAAACUAUCAAAACCAAAAUGAUUGAAGAUUCCAAACUUGCUCAACCUAGAUUCAAAGGUACUUCCCACGCUGUUAGUACAAUUAUCAAAGAGGAAGGUUGGUUAGGGAUUUAUAGAGGUGUUGGACCAGUCAUGCUUCGUCAAGGGGCUAAUUCCGCCGUGCGAUUCUCCUCGUACUCCACCCUCAAACAGUUAGCUCAAGGGAGUGUUGUUCCCGGUACUCAGAUGCCGGGAUGGAUGACUUUUGGUAUAGGUGCUACGGCGGGUGUCAUCACCGUUUACUGCACAAUGCCAUUUGACGUGAUCAAAACACGUAUGCAAUCCCUUCGAGCUCGGACAGAGUACAAAAACUCUUUACAUUGCGCAUACAGAGUAAUCACUGAAGAAGGGUUCUUUAAAUUGUGGAAAGGAACUGUGCCCAGAUUGGGUAGAUUGGUAAUGAGCGGUGGUAUCAUUUUCACAGUCUAUGAGAAAUCUUACCCCGUCUUAGCUGCUUUCGUUUAA